AGAGAAGGCAGAAAACGGCAAUUCAGAGUGUUGAGUGGUGUCCGAGCAUGCGCAUUAGGUCCCACCGGUGUCGGCUGAGAGACGCGCGGAGCGGACAGCAGAGUGAACCCAGGACGCCGACGCUGCGAUGAAGGGUCUGUCUAAUCUUCCAACACACAGGAGGUCAGAGGUCACCCAGGCCAGGUUGGAGGGUGAAGAAGAGUCUCUAGACCCUGACCCUUGGACAUCCAGUGGCAGUCAAGGUCCUUCUCCGGUCCGGUCGGCCCCUGGUCCCCCCUUGAUCACCAGCCUUCAGACGAACCAGGAGCACAGGAACGCAAGACCACGAGACCCCCUAAACCACAGCAUAAUACACCAGGAUGCUAUAAACCCAAACCACAUAUACCAGUAUGCUAUACACAAUGACAACUCCAACACUGUAUACCAGGACCCUGUAAGCCACAACAUGGUAUACCAGGACCCUAUAAACCACAACACUGUAUACCAGGACCCUGUAAGCCACAACAUGGUAUACCAGGACCCUGUAAGCCCCAACAUGGUAUACCAGGACCCUGUAAACCACAAUAAUGUAUACCAGGACCCUAUAAACCACAACACUGUAUACCAGGACCCUGUAAGCCACAACAUGGAAUACCAGGACCCUAUAAACCAAAACACUAUAUACCAGGACCCUAUAAACCACAAAACCGUUUACCAUCACCCUAUUAACCCAAACAGUGUAUACCAGGACCCUUCAAACCGCAACAUCAUAUACCAGGACCCUCUAAACCAUAACACCAUUUACCAGGAGCCCAUUAACCAGGACCCUAUUAACCAUAACAUAUAUCAGGAACCUAUAAACCAUGAGAACCCCAACCCGAUAUACCACAACCCUGUUUGCCAGGAACAAGUAAGCCAGGACUCGGUUGCCUUCCUCUAUCAGGACUUAUCAGGAAACAGCUACACAGCGGUCCGCAGGUCAGCGCUCUGGCCCACUAGGUACCGGUCCAGGUUGCUGCCUGGGGAGAACCAGCCCCUGGAUGUGGGGCUCCUCCGCAGAGUGAAGGAGGUGCUGGAGGGCGUGGAGCCCAGGACCGCUGCUCAACACAUCACCCGGGCUGACUGCAUGGUGGCAGGCAUCGUGGAGGUGAGGGUGGAGGACCAGAGGAGGAUGGGUGUAGCGUCGGGGGUGGAGUUGCUGACCCUAGCCCACGGACACCAGCUCCGCCUGGACCUUCUGGAGAGGUACCAGACCAUGUCAGUGGUGCUGGCGGUGUUUAUUCUGGGAUGUACAGGGAGCCCUGAGGAGAGGGCGGCUCUGCUGCAUAAAGCCAUCCAGAUCGCUGCCCAGCUGAAGAGCAGCAUGGGGAACAUGUUCGGGUUCUCUGCUGUCAUGAGGGCCCUGGAGCUCCCGCAGGUUGCUAGGCUAAAGCAGACGUGGACGGUGCUACGCCAGCGGUACACAGAGUGCUCCGUUCUCUACCAACACAACCUCAGACCCUUCCUCAAGGCCCUGGAUCAAGGGAAAGGUCUGCGGGAGCAGGCAGAGGUGUCGGAGGUCUUCCAGACCGACUUCCAGACGCGGCUGCUUUGGGGCAGCGGCGGGGCGGGCCAGGACCCGGCCCAGCGGUACGCCAAGUACCACUCUGUCCUGACCACUCUGUCCCACCACCUGGAGCCCCCCAGACACUUACCCCCUGGAGCCCCCCAGACACUGACCCCCUGGAGCCCCCCAGACACUGACCCCCUGUCCCCCCCAGACACUGACUCCCUGGAGCCCCCCAGACACUGACUCCCUGGAGCCCCCCAGACACUGACCCCCUGUCCCCCCCAGACACUGACUCCCUGGAGCCCCCCAAACACUGACUCCCUGUCCCCCCAGACACUGACCCCCUGGACCCCCCCAGACAAUGACCCCCUUGAGCCCCCAGACACUGACUCCCUUGAACCCCCCAGACAAUGACCCCCUUGAGCCCCCAGACACCGACCCCCUGGAGCCCCCGGAAGCUGGCUCCAGGGGGUCACCCCUGGAAGCACCGACCUACUGCUGUGUUUGGAUAUCCACACAAAAGAUGGCCUACAGCUUUUAGUAUAACUUUUGUAUGUGGUUUGCCAGCCUGAUCAAAUCACCUAACAGGUUCAAGUCAAUGUCAUAAUAGUGGUUUUCUCCCUGGGUGUCGGCCAAGUUUGAAGAACAGUGUGUGUGUUUGUUAAGUUAUGGUGUGUUCAGUGUAGGCCUACAGGGUAACUCUUUGUUGUGGCUGUUGUGUUCAGCAUCCCCUGCAUGCCUUUACUAUUUCAAUACGAUUUACGGCUACAAUACAAUGUUAUUCAGUUGGUUAACUGAAUUAAAAAUGUUGAUAAAUUCAGUAAAACCUUUUUUAACUAAAUCUUCCAGCUUGGGACAUUAAAAAUGCUUACUCCUUUCAAUUCCAAAACGGAUGUGUCCAUGAGCUAGGAUUAUUUUGUAUUUAAAGAUCCCAUGGCCAUGAACAUUUCACUUUAUUAGGAUUUCUAACAUUAAUAUGUGUUCCCCUAGCCUGCCUAUGGUCCCCCAUUAGCUAGAAAUGGUUAGGUGUAAAACAAUCAACUCGGACAGCAAAGGAGUUGUGAGGGACGUCAAUGUCAGAACCUUCCCUUGUGAACGUUCCUGUCACAAGGCCUACCGGAGCAAAAGUAAGUCACCGAACAUCUAAGAAAUUCAAAGAAAAGACCCCAGCAGCAGUUCUUCACAGAGACGUAAGGCGACUAGUGGUCUUGCUUCCCACCGAAGAACAGAACUAAACAUCUGACCCAAGUUAUACCUGUAACAUGCGACCUCCCAGGUGUCUCCACUGGAAGGUCGAGUGGGAGGUGUGAAGUCAACUUGGAAAAUCCCCGCUGGAUAUGAAGGGGUUAAUAUGCAGCGCCGACUGACAGCUGGGGGAAUCCCUCCUCAGAGCGUUACCUGGGAAAUCCGCGUCAUUGCGUCACCUGACCGGAAAGGACAGAAAGGGGAAGAGAGACUCUUUCAGGAAACGCCAGUUGCAAACAAAUCAGACAGCGUUCUGUCCAGCAGCAGCAAAGCUGCGCUAGAAAGCGCUGAAAAAGCAGUGCUGGUACAGCCAUAAAAAGCCUGGAGAAACGGCCGGUUUUUUACCUUGCAGUAUACCUAGCAGUUUACCACUUGCAACCCACUUACAACUGUACCCACAAUACCCACCUGCUACAACUUACCUGUACCUGUGAAAAUACAAAAAGAAAAGUAAAGAGGAGUUAAAGAAGGAAAACGGUGUGGUCAUUGCAUGAGUGGAACCCAGUUAAACCUCCUAUGGUCUGUACCAAUCCCUUUCAAGCAGGGAAGCUGCGCAAACACUAGAUAGCUUGACACUAGGUAUCCUGCUCCGUCUUUGAAAAAUAAAAACCUCAGAUUUCGAAUAUGACCAUAUGGCGUCAUAAGGGGCCAAGUUACCUCCCCUUUCUCUGCCUUGCCCGCCCAGAGAAUUUGGCCCGCCAAUGAGACAAUGAGCUACGACCGAGCAAGCGCCACGUGUGUGUGUGU